GCCCCUAACUCUGCCUAGCGGGAGGGAGCCCCCUGGAGCUGGCCGGAGCAGGAAGGGGAUUUUCGGAAGUUUAAGCUCCAUUAUUCCUAUUUAAAAUGCCUAAAAAGAAGCCUAUGCCCAUUCAGCUGAACCCGGCUCCAGAUAGUUCCACCAUCAAUGGGACCAGCACUGCAGAGACAAAUUUAGAGGCGCUGCAGAAGAAGCUGGAAGAGUUAGAAUUGGAUGAGCAGCAACGUAAACGUCUUGAAGCUUUCCUUACUCAGAAGCAAAAAGUUGGGGAACUGAAGGAUGACGACUUUGAGAAAAUCAGUGAACUGGGAGCAGGAAACGGCGGCGUGGUCUUCAAAGUAUCUCACAAACCUUCUGGCCUCAUUAUGGCAAGAAAGUUAAUUCACUUAGAGAUCAAGCCAGCUAUUCGAAACCAGAUCAUUCGUGAGCUACAAGUUCUACAUGAAUGUAACUCUCCAUACAUAGUGGGCUUUUAUGGAGCUUUUUACAGUGAUGGAGAGAUCAGCAUUUGCAUGGAACACAUGGAUGGCGGGUCCUUGGAUCAAGUACUGAAAAAAGCUGGAAGAAUUCCAGAGCAGAUUUUGGGCAAAGUUAGCAUUGCUGUAAUAAAAGGUCUCACAUAUUUGAGAGAAAAACAUAAGAUAAUGCAUAGAGAUGUUAAACCAUCUAACAUUUUGGUAAACUCUAGAGGUGAAAUCAAGCUUUGUGAUUUUGGUGUCAGUGGACAACUGAUAGAUUCAAUGGCAAACUCGUUUGUUGGGACACGGUCCUACAUGUCACCGGAACGACUCCAAGGUACUCAUUAUUCAGUGCAGUCAGACAUCUGGAGUAUGGGAUUGUCACUGGUAGAAAUGGCCAUUGGCAGAUACCCAAUUCCCCCUCCUGAUUCCAAGGAGCUGGAGCUGAUGUUUGGCUGCCCUGUGGAGGGAGACUCUCCAGUUUCUGAGACUUCACCCAGGCAAAGAACACCUGGCCGACCAAUGAGCUCCUAUGGACCAGACAGCAGGCCUCCAAUGGCAAUCUUUGAACUUCUGGACUACAUCGUCAAUGAGCCUCCUCCAAAAUUGCCCAGUGGUGUUUUCAGUCCUGAAUUUCAAGAUUUUGUGAACAAAUGCUUAAUAAAAAAUCCAGCCGAGAGAGCAGAUUUGAAGCAACUCAUGAUUCAUGUUUUCAUUAAGAGAUCUGAAGCUGAGGAAGUGGAUUUUGCAGGAUGGCUUUGUUCGACUAUAGGCCUCAACCAGCCUAGUACACCCACGCAUGCUGCUGGAAUCUGAAUAUUGACAGCAAAUCUUGUAUUGUACAUCUGUUAAAACAAGGCUAUUUUGGUCUCAUUUCUCAAGCUUGUAUCUGUUCAAAUAUGUAUUUCACCUCUUAAGGAAGGAAGUCUGUUCUAGCAUGUGCCAAAUCCUGUUUGUUUUAAAUUUUUGUCCUAAAUUAAUUGGUGGUGUAUUGGAUUACUUUUACUGACCAAAAUGUUUGAGAUGUUGAAAUUAUAGUGCUUGCUGAUUAAGUGAACUUGGAUAUUUUUUGUAAUGGAAAUCUCACUGGGGGUACUUAGUCCCAGAUUGUUUGAGCUCUAUCAGGAUUCCUUGUAAGUUGGUGGUACUGUACUUCAAUCAUGCUUAUCUAGUCUCCCAUACAAGGUUGUUAGAGAUCCUCCUAAACAAUAUUUGUCAAGCAUGCUUUCGCUGUUAUCAAAAUGUGCAUCUCAAAGUUAGUCAUAAUGGUUCUGAUCUUGCUUUUGUGUAGAGAACUCUUGCCCGUUUAACUGGGAAGAGUCCUGUAUUACCAUGAAACACAAGGCAUCAUGACUACUUUUAGACUUCUGUUUAUAUUUCUAUAUUUAUUUUUAAAUGUACUGUCAUACUUGGGAUUGUUUAGUAGUAUGUCUCCUUUAAUUGGUAUUUUUUAAAAAGUAGCUUUUUUUGAAUGUCCUAUAGACUCAAGAGCUAAAAGUGCAUCAGACUUGCUUCCUUUUAACCCAACUAAAGAAGACUUAUGACAAGUGUGUGUAUAGUGUCUAAAAUGUAUGAAAAUCCUUUUAAUUACUUAUUCUUUCAGAUGGUUAGCAGUUUAAGCUCUUAUACUAAUAAAUAUAUUAUCAA